AACUGGCUGGGCUAUACAGGGAAGCGAGACCAAUCAGAACCCUAGGUCGUUCUACGUGUUUGUGCGUCUUUGGUCCGAUCAAUAAUUCGCUAUCCCUUAACCAGGAGCAUUUAUUUUCACGUUAUAACAAUUGGCGACGGGGUGAAGAAAAGAUACAAUCCAGUCAUUCUGUAAUUGGACGAAAUCCAGUCUAAUUAUUCAACCAAUCAGUAUCCAGAUUGUCAUCAGUGUCCUUGAACCACAUUGGUCAUUAGUCAUACAGUAAUUUUCAUCACAGGCGCUGAUUAAAAAAAUGACUCUCCCUUCCGAUCGAUUACAGCUGCUCUAUGAACGACAUUUGGAGUUAUUAGUCAAGUUCCGCACGCAGCUGCUAAGUCAGUCAUGCUAUGAAGAUGCGACGGAAGUGGAUGGAUUGAUAUCUGAGUUGCACAGUGAGCUGGAAAAUGACAGCAGCCUCCAUGAAUCCUCGAUUAACUGCACUUCAAACGGAACGGCAGUCAUCCAUGAUGCGCCCAGUGGUCCAGAACCUUCCAUUUCAGUAACAUGCCCGGUAAUGGACUCAAACUCCAUUAUCCCCAAAACAGCAUGUGCAGACGGUGACUUAUCCAGCUCACAAACACACUCCCCGGUUAAUGGUCAUAGAAUUGUCGCAAUAACCACCCAUGAAACAGAAAACAAAUCGAGCAGCACACUGAAUACAACUGCUUCAAAUGGUUCUCAUCAGUCUGCGACAGAUGUUUUUGACAAAUCUUAUUAUCAAGAUUCUCUUUUACCAGAAAAUGUGUUCCACGCAUCAAAUAAUAACCAAGAACCUGGUACAGUUUUGUUGGACGCCGAUUAUCAUAAUGCUCCACUACUUACUAAAGAUUUAAACCCUAAUGACCUCAGAUCUACUGUCGCUGAUCCUCACCAUCUAGUCAGUCCUAGUGGACUCUCUACUCAACGCGGGAAAUAUGCUUCAAAUAGAGUCACACUAACUGUUCCUUGGGUUUAUGAAGACCCAACAUUAUUUCGAGGGGGAGGAUAGACGCGAGAAAAAUUUAAAAUCCGGACAUCAACUCCAGAUCUCCAAAAAAGGGGAGGUGUUGGGAUAUUCAGGAAAAUAUCCCAAAAAUUAUCAUGUUAAGUCCAAUGGUGUCCUUGGACCUUAAAUGUACAUUUCCCAUUGGUCGAUAUUUAUUUAACGUGUCAUUUUCCUGUUGGCCAAUAUUGUACAAUGUUAUUUUCUACUUUGUGGUACGAUGUGGUUUGUUUGCUUGGUAUAUAAAUAGAGUAUGUUUGAAAUAUAAUGAUUCAUAUAUCCGAGGCUGUGACUUCGUUCUGGACUCAACUGGCUGGGUUAGACAGGGAAGCGAGACCAAUCAGAACCCUAGGUCGUUCUACGUGUUUGUGCGUCUUUGGUCCGAUCAAUAAUCCGCUAUCCCUUAAU